UUUUGAUUAUAUAAUUUCAGCUCCGCCCCUGCUUUCGGACAUUACUUAUGAAACUCAUGUAUGUGAUCUCAGUGCUAACUUCAUUAUCUCAUAACCUCUGGUGGUUGGUUUAGUGAUCAAGAAGGAAGAUCCUCGUGAUAAGAGAUAUGAACUUCAAGACAAUUGUUGUGUGAUAAUAAAGUUGGUGUUAAAGAUGAAUUAGAAUUAUUAAAAUCGACAAGGUUAAAGGGAGAAAACCGAAGAAAAGUCGAGAUACGACAACUUUCUUGUGAAAUUUCACAGUGUGUGUGCGUGUGUGUUUUGGGGAAGAAGGAGAUGAGCACAAUCUGGACAGGUUGAGGGUAGAAUUGGCUGAAUUAAGAGAAAAAGGACCAAAUCAAAAGCUAUCAGAUAGAUGAAGGGCAUAUUUAUAGUUUCCGUUUGAUUUAAAAAAGAGAGCCCGACCACACAAAACAAAGAAGUUUCUCACGUCUCCUUUUCCAUGCUCUUGCAGAGUCCUUGGUACCUCCCUCUCCGUAGUCAAACAUUUUCCCAGGUCGAGAUGCUUUAGGGUUAUUUUUAUUAGGCUGGAUCCCUGGAAGUCAAGGCGGCCUUGUAUACCGGGAAGCAUGGCGGCAGCAGCGGAGAUUACAAGUGGCAAUAACAUUAAUGCAGCUACAGAUAGUGUCCGGCCAGGACAACAUCACCGUAAUAUCGAGAUCGUAGUAGCCCCUCAACAACCACUUCCUACUGGUGAUGGAGUGGAAAGAAGAAGACACUUGCAGUUGUAUCAUGCCGCUCUGAGUGGUGAUUGGGAAACAGCUGAAGGCAUUUAUGAGUCAUUUCGAGGAGAAGUUAAUGCUAGAAUAACUAAGCGAGGGGAGACUGCUCUCCAUAUUGCAGCCGCAGCGGAGCACACUCAUUUUGUGAAACAGCUUGUUGGAAAGAUGAGCAUAGAGGCUUUAACUUAUAAAAACGAGGCGGGCAAUACAGCAUUUUGCUUUGCUGCUAUAUCUGGAGUUGAGGCACUUGCCAAAGUCAUGAUGGAGACAGGACGUGAUUUGGCAAUGACUCGAGGUAGAGAAAACCUGUUACCAAUUUAUAUGGCAGCUCUGUUGGGGCAUAGAGGGAUGGUGUCAUAUCUUUAUGAUGAAACGAACGAGCAGUUAACAGAUAGCGAUCGCAUAACGUUACUUGUUGCUUUGAUCAACAGUGACAUAUAUGAUGUUGCGUUGAGAAUUCUAAAAGCACAUCCCGGGUUGGCCUAUGCUCGUGAUGAACAUCAGCUGACGGCAUUGCAUGCACUUGCCCAAAAGUCUUGUAUGCCUUCAAACGUUGUCGAUCAAAGUCCUCUAGGAUUUUGGAACAAAUGCCUCGACCCAUUUUCAGGUUUCAAAUUGGCACAGAUGAAGAAACUUAUGCACAAACAAGCACUUGACCUAAUCCAGUACCUUUGGGAACAAGUUGUCUUGUUGGAUGAUUCAACAAUCUCUAGCCAGAUUGGAAAACCCUGGCCAUUGAUUUUCACUGCUGCAGAAAGAGGGAACCUUGACUUACUAACAAUACUUAUUCGCUUGUAUCCGGAGUUGAUCUUCAAAGUUGAUCAAAAUACGUAUAGCAUAUUUCAUAUUGCUAUCUUGAAUCGUCACGAGGACAUCUUAAAGAUGAUAUACCAGAUUGGUUCUAUUAAGAAUGUGAUGACAAUAUACAAAGAUAGAGAAGGAAAUAAUAUGUUGCAUUUGGCCGCAAAAGUACUGGAAUCACCAAGUCGACUUAAUGUUAUACCAGGAGCAGCUUUACAACUGCAACGCGAAUUGCUGUGGUUCGAGGAAGUGAAAAAAGUCGUUCAACCACGGCACAUUGAAGAAAAAAAUAUUCAUGGGAAAACUCCAGGAGCUUUAUUUAUAGAACAGCACAAGGACUUGAUGAAAGAAGGGGAGCAAUGGAUGAGAGAUACUGCCGAUUCAUGCAUGCUUGUAGCAACACUUAUUGCCACUGUGGUUUUUGCAGCAGCUUUUACCUUGCCAGGAGGUAAUAUACAAGAUAAAGGGACUCCUGUUUUCCUUGAGAAACCUGCAUUCAAAUUCUUUGUCAUAUCAGAUGCAAUAUCUCUAGUAACCUCUGCUUCAUCCUUGAUAACCUUCUUGUCAAUUCGCACUUCUCGGUACGCAGAACAAAAUUUUCUUUGGUCAUUGCCUAACAGGUUGAUUAUCGGACUCACAACACUUUUUAUAUCAAUCGGGGCAAUGAUGGGAGCCUUUGUUGCAGCAUUUUUCCUCGUUUUCAAAGAUAAAUUACAACAAUUCUCAAUCCCUAUUGUUGUCGUUGCUUCUUUGCCAGUCAUUUUCUUCAUUUGGCAGCAUUACCGUUUAUUCCUUGACAUGAUUCAUUCAACUUAUACGUCUCGGUCACUUUUCAAGCCAAAUAAGUCUCCUCUCUUUUCUAAACGAGUCAAGCCAAAGGUUUCUUAGCAUACUUCAAAUAUUCAAGUUGAAUUGAUUGUGUGCCUUGCAUGUUCUACUGUUCAUUAUGUGAAGAAAAGGUGGUGUAAUUUACUGCGCUCACAAAAUAGUUGAUGAGUUUAUUGUAUGAUAUAUAUACUACACUAAAGUCUUCAAAUGGUAUUAGUACAAAAAUGGAAAGUAAAUCUCAUUAUUAUAA